CCGCAGAAGCCCCUGGCGCCGGAGCCCCCGCCGCCGCCGAGCCUGGAAGCGGGAGCGGGUGCAGGGCCCCCAGAGGCGCUGGCGGAGCCUGACCGCGCCGGCCCCAGGGAGGAGGACGAGCCCAAGCUGGCACCCGGCCCCAGGUAGGAGCGAGCGAGGCGAGUCCGGCUGCUCGGGGGCUUUCACCUCCCCGGAGCGCGGCCGGGACGCGUUUGGGGAUGGACCGUCCUCCCCCUGCUGGGGCCAGAGCCGUAUCCCCCCCAGGGCCAGGGCUGAGCCUUUCUCCCCCAAGGCGUGAGGGGAGUCUGGACCCUUCUGUCCCAACCCGAGGCACGGCUCAUCCUGUCCCCCUGAGACCAGGCUACCUGCUUUCUCCCACCGCCUCCGGGAAACGUUCUGGUCGCAAGCCCACACUGGGACCUCGCUCCGAUCUUGAGGCCACAGCCCAGCUCUGUGCCCUUCACCUCCUCUGGGCCCACCUGCUCCCCCACCCACUCACGGGCCACCUCGGGGCCUUGGGGCCUGGAAGGCUGCAGCCUCUUCGGUCUCCCCCCUGGGAGCGGCUCCACCCCUUCCCCUCGCUGCCCCUUUAGCAGCUGUGCCCCUAGCAUAUGUCUCCCGGGGCCUCCCUCCUCUCCUUGCCCAGCAGAGCAGUUGCAGGAGACAGCCAGGCUGCCCAGAAGACUUUAGUGGGGCUGCUGCACUGAGGUGGAAACCCAGUGAAGCCUGCUCUUUCUCCCCUCUAUAUCCCCGAUCCACAAGGCAGCCCACCCAGACCCUCAGAUCCCUGGGUUUGGCGAAUCCUGCAGAGAGUGAGCAGUAGGAGGACUCUCCAAAGCUUCCAGCUUGCCACCUGGAAGAAGGUCACUUUCUUUUAAGCAGAGGAGAUAAUAGGAGGUACCCUGCCAGUGUUCACUGCCAAGCCUGGGUGGCAUGAGCCACAGUUGCUCUGGGAGGGUUGUGCACCUGGGGCUGGGUGGCUCGCCCUAAGCUUGCUCUGACGAAAGAGUUUUGAGUUGGUUUUUUGGCUGAGCCUGCCAAAGAAGGCAGGCUCCUGCAGGAGUCUUGGAGGGUCGGAUGCAGCGCCGGAUGAGGAUGAGGCGUGGCGGAAGAUGCGUUUGGCUCUGCAGACACUGCAUCGGGCAGCAGGGGACUCUGGGAGGCUGGUGCAGCCAGAAGGCAUGGCUCUUGACAGCCUUCUAGUAGAAUCUCUGGAAUUGUGCAUGACAGAAGAGGAAAGAAACUAACGGGUAUUGAGCACCUACUGUGUGCCAGGCCCAGGCCAGGUCCCCCCCACCUCCAGCCAGUCUGUGCAGACUUGCUGCCUGCUGUGUCACCGGGAACGCAAAGGCUGGGAAGAAGGCCCUUCCCAAAACGGACUGGUGUUGCAGGGUGAGAAGCUGCCCCCUGACUUCAUGCCAAAGCUCGUCAAGAAUCUCCUAGGCGAGAUGCCUCUGUGGGUCUGCCAGAGCUGCCGAAAGAGCAUGGAGGAAGAUGAAAGGCAGACAGGUCGAGAACAUGCAGUGGCGGCGCCAAGGGGCUGCUGGGCUGCAUCCACACAGCGUUAGCAGCUCAGGUUCAAAUUCAGGGGAAGAAAAGAGAGGCUUCAGGCAGCACCAGCCCCCGAGGAGAGUGCACAGUGUGAGGGCCGGCUCGGGGGCACUGGUAGAUCGAGAUCCUGCCCCUUCCUUGUGACCAGGCUGCCUUCAGCUUUGUGGCAACUCAAAAGCCAUCCAGAAUGGCAUGGAGGGCAAAGGUCAGUUUGAGGGUCUGCAGUGUGCCUCCGUUAGAAAGCCUCCAAGAUGCCUGGGAGCCAAGUGCCAUCUCCUGAGUCGCAGAACUCUCAGGACUCCCCAAAGGCCCACAGUUGAGCGGCGGUCUCUGCCCCUACCACAGUGUCUCCCGCCCAUACCCACAUGCUUCACUUCGCCAGGAGCACCGCAGCCCCUCCCGGCAGAGAUCUCCUUGUCACACACAUCCUGCAAAUCACAGUCCUGUGGAGGUGACUCUCAUUCCUCUUCGUCCUCUUCCUCAUCGUCCUCGUCCUCAUCCUCGUCCUGCCACGGGAACUCAGGGGACUGGGAUCCCAGCUCGUUCCUGUCAGCACAUAAGCUCUCAGGCCUCUGGAACUCCCCGCACUCCAGUGGGGCCAUGCUGGGCAGCUCACUCGGGAGUCCUCCUGCCAUCCCUGGUGAGGUUUUCCCCAUCUCGGAGCACCACCGGCACUCAGACCUCACUGCUCCACCUAACAGCCCCACCGGCCACCACCCCCAGCCAGCGUCGCUAAUCCCAUCUCACCCCGGAUCCUUUGGCUCACCACCCCACCCACACCUGCUGCCCACCGCCCCGGCAGCGCCUUUCCCUGCCCAGGUUUCAGAAUGCCCUGUUGCUGUUGCUGCCGCCCCCCACACCCCAGGGCCAUGUCAGAGCCCUCACCUUCCCUCCACCAGCAUGCCGCUCCUGAAGAUGCCUCCGCCGUUCUCGGGUUGCAGCCACCCCUGUAGUGGACACUGCAGCGGGCACUGUGGUGGGCCGCUCCUCCCGCCACCCAGCUCCCAGCAGCUCCCUAGCUCUCACAGCAGGGACCCCGGGUGCAAGGGGCACAAGUUUACCCACAGUGGCCUGGCCUGCCAGCUGCCCCAGCCCUGCGAGGCAGAUGAGGGGCUGGGCGAGGAGGAGGACAGCAGCUCAGAGCGUAGCUCCUGCACCUCGUCCUCCACCCACCAGAGGGACGGGAAGUUCUGUGACUGCUGCUACUGUGAGUUCUUCGGCCACAACGCGCCACCCGCUGCCCCGACGAGUCGGAAUUAUACUGAGAUCCGGGAGAAGCUCCGCUCGCGGCUGACCAGGCGGAAAGAGGAGCUGCCCAUGAAGGGGGGCGCCCUGGGCGGGAUCCCUGGGGAGCCCGCCGUGGACCACCGAGAUGUGGAUGAGCUGCUGGAAUUCAUCAACAGCACGGAGCCCAAAGUCCCCAACAGCGCCAGGGCCGCCAAGCGGGCCCGGCACAAGCUGAAAAAGAAGGAAAAGGAGAAGGCCCAGUUGGCAGCAGAAGCUCUAAAGCAGGCGAAUCGUAGUGUUUCUGGAAGCCGGGAGCUGAGGCCUGCCAGGGAGAGGCUCUUGGAGUGGCCCGACCGGGAGCUGGAUCGGGUCAACAACUUUCUGAGCAGCCGUUUACAGGAGAUCAAGAACACUGUCAAGGACUCCAUCCGCGCCAGCCUCAGUGUGUGUGAGCUCAGCAUGGACAGCGAUGGCUUCUCUAAGGAGGGGGCCGCUGAGCCCGAGCCCCCAGGUCUGCCCCCCUCAAACCUCAGUGGCUCCUCAGAGCAACGGCCUGACAUCAACCUUGACCUGUCCCCUUUGACUUUGGGCUCCCCUCAGAACCACAUGUUACAAGCUCCAGGCGAGCCGGCCCCACCGUGGGCAGAAAUGAGAAGUCCUCACCCACCGUGGAUGGAGGUGAGGGGCCCCCCUCCCGGAAUCACCCCUGAGAAUGGGCUAGUAAGGAGACUCAACACCGUGCCCAGCCUGUCCCGGGUGAUCUGGGUCAAGACACCCAAGCCAGGACACCCCAGCUCUGAGGAGCCAAGCCCCAAGGAGGUCCCCAGUUGCAAGCAGGAGCUGCCUGAGCCAGUGGCCUCAGGUGGGAAGCCACGGAAGGGCAAGAGACAGGGCAGUCAGGCCAAGAAGAGUGAAGUGAGCCCAGCGCCCCAGUCCCCAGCCUGCCUGGAGGCUCCCAGUGCCAAGGGCCAGAUCCCCAACCCCAGGCAGCCAGGCAAGGCCCCAGAGCCUCCCAAAGUGGGCACCUGUGCCGAGGCUGGAGAGGGGAACCGGGGGACCCGACCAGGACCAGGCUGGGCUGGCAGCCCCAAAGCUGACAAGGAGAAGGGCAGCUCCUGGCGAAACUGGCCAGGCGAGGCCAAAGCUCGGCCUCGGGAGCAGGAGUCUGUGCAGCCCCCGGGCCCAGCAAGGCCGCAGAGCUUGCCGCAGGGCAAGGGCCGGAGCCGCCGCAGCCGCCACAAGCAGGAGAAGCCAGCCUCCUCCUGGGACGAUGUGUUCCUGCCCAAGGACGUGGAAGGGGUGGAGAUGGAUGAGACUGACCGGGAGGUGGAGUACUUCAAGAGGGAGAGCUGCUCCAGGCCCUCCCGGCUCUCCCACCGGCCUGUGUGCUGCAACGCAGGCAGCCGGGAUGAUCCCGCAGGACAGGUCACCUGGGAAGGUACAAGGGACGGAAAGCAGGAGGCGUGUCAGGCCCCAAGAACCAGGGCUUUCUCCAGGUUCUGUUUGGAUUCUGCAAAGCAGACACGUCAGAAGGUUGCUGUGAACUGGACCAACUUCAGCCUCAAGAAAACCACUCCCAGCACAGCUCAGUGAGCCUCUGCCAGAUGAGCUUCUUCAGGGUGUUCUGAGACCCCGACUGCCAGCUGAAGGUCUACAGUUUUCUCCUCCACAUCCCCACCCACCUGCCCGAGACUUCCCCAGUCCCUGCCAUCUCGGACCAACCAAAAGCUGAACGGAUGCCACGCGUGCUGGGGCCCCUCAGGACCUUUGCAGAGCGCUUCCUGGUGCUACGCGGCCUCCACACUUGAGAGCCCCGGGGGCUGGGCUGGCCUGUGGGCUUGGGGGCUGAUGGUACUGCUGGCCCAACACUGCUCUUUGUGUUUGGUUUUUUGUUUUACUUUUUUUUUUCAAUUCUUUACUUUUGAUACUGUGAAGAUCUUUCCUGCCGAAAGAUAAAGCAACAUUUGGACACAG